AUGGCGGCAGCAACGAACCCCAGAGAGGAGACCUCAGGUGUUGAAGGCAGAACGGGCGAAUUUAGCACCAGUGUAAUCGCACCGACUGAUGCUCCCCAACGAUCACCAUGGAAGGCUUGGAUGUACCUCUGGGAGUGGUAUCCCAAGCACUAUCCUGCAGAGGAGAGGAAGUUGCUAAGAAAGAUGGACGCAUGUCUACUUACCUUUUGCUCCUUCAUGUUUUUCCUCAAAUGGCUUGAUUCGUCGAACAUCAACAACGCCUAUGUAUCUGGCAUGAAAGAGGAGCUCAACCUCUAUGGGAACCAAUACUCACUAUUUGGAACCUUUUACAACUGCGGGUACCUUGUGUUUCAGAUACCAUCGUUGCUUCUGCUCUCUCGCCCGAAGAUUGCGAAAUACUACCUCCCCUUAAUGGAAGUCCUAUGGUCAAUCGUCACCUUCACUCAAUCUCAAAUGCGCAACGAGCGCGAUAUAUACGGUACUCGGUUCCUUCUCGGUCUUCUCGAAACGCCUGUCGCUUCAGGCACUACAUAUAUUCUAGGCUCGUGGUACAAACCUGAGGAGGUGUUCAAGCGUACAGGAGUAUGGUAUGUCUCGAACAAUAUUGCCGUCAUGUUUGGUGGAUAUCUACAAGCUGCAGCAUACAAGAAUCUCAAUGGCGUGGGCGGAAUGGCUGGCUGGCGAUGGCUGUUCAUCAUUGACGGUGUUAUUUCGCUUCCAAUUGCCUUAGCUGGGUUUCUGAUCUUCCCUGGUCUGCCUAACAGCGCAAAACCAUGGUGGCUGACCCCAGCCGAACAUGACCUAGCCCAGAGACGUGUAGCAGCAGCUGGUAUUGCACCAAGUCAAAGCCUGAAUUGGUCCAUCAUCAAGCGCACUCUUCGACGAUGGGAGUUCUAUAUGGGUCUCUUGGCCUAUACGUUCUUCCUAUCAUCCUCAUAUCCCCACGGUCAGAUGGCCUUGUGGCUCAAAGAUCAGGCGGCCAAGUUCCCUGGCAGCUACUCUGUUCCGCAAAUCAACACAAUUCCAACCGGCGCCCAAGGCGUCUCCGUGGUUGCCGCACUAGUCGCGACUUCACUAUGCAUGGUCUAUCCUCUUUGGAGCAUAUUUACGAUCGUGCAAGCUAUCUAUCUGAUCGCCAACAUACUGCUCCUGGUCUGGUUCAUACCCAAGGGCCUCCAUUUCGCAUGCUAUUACCUCCUCGGUGUAUCAGCAGCCGUCACUCCUAUCCUCAUGCCCUUCAUCAACAUGGCUCUACGCGAUGAUGCUGAAGCGCGCGCCGUCACUGUCGGUGGUAUGUUGACAGCUGGCUGGGCUGUGUUUUCCUUCUAUCCCAUCGCUGUCUUCCCUGUUGUCGAAGCACCGCGCUGGACGAAAGGCUACUCAGUCAACAUCGUAUUCGUGGUUGGUUGCUGGUCAUGCUUCCUUAUCAUGCAGUACCUUUACAAAAAGAGUGAGAAGAAGAAGCAGGAGCAGUUUGUUGGCGCGGCGGCAAGGGACGAGGAGGAUAGUUUAAGCGACAAGAAGCCUGUAGAAGAUGUGAAAGAACACGUUGAAGAGCGACGAUGA